AUGGCUACUAGACCGUACAACGCAGUGCAGUGGUACAUGGAAGAGGUGGGAGCUCGCGUGGUGGCGAAGACCGGGAUCCCUUCAGACAGACAUCACGUAGGCAAGCUAAUGCUGCAAAGCCUGCAAGAGGAUCCUGAUUUUAUACUGCAGAUCAAUGGAGCUACCGGAGAAUCAGAAACCUUCAGUUCAGCUUUAGACAGGAGCAUCCGAUGUGCUGUCUCCCUCACCAACAUGGGGCUGAAGAAAGGCGACGUCAUGGUGCUGAUGGGACCAAAUCACCUGGACUUCUGUAUACCCCAUAACGCGGCAUUUUAUCUUGGAAUUAUGGUGGCGUCGAUUGACGCUACUUUGGGAGUUAAUGAAUUAAGAGAUCUGUUCCAUAACAACAAACCAAACAUAAUUUUUGGUCAAAGUGAAAAGAUGAAGGACAUUGAAAGAGCAUUGACCUUAUCUGAAGUGGAUGCUAAAGUGGUAACCUUUGACAAAGAUGGUAGCCAUAUUUCACUAGCACAACUCCUGGAGGUUAAAGACAAAGAAGCGAUAAAGAACUUUAAACCAACAGACUUCGAUCCAGAGCAUACAGUGGGAUAUUUAACUUCAACCAGUGGAACUACAGGCGUGCCAAAGACAGCUAUGUUGACACACAAGAACUUAAGUAUAGGAAUGCCUUAUAUCUGGGCAAACUUCACCAAUUUCCCGACACCAACAAAUCUGGUAUUCAUGGCGUCUCCAGCUCAGUGGCUGUCAGCUGGGAUCCACUACGUCUUCUCAUCAGUCUUCAAGUAUACUCGACUACAGUCAUCAUCACCUAUCACGCCGGAGCAUUUUGCUGAACUUGUCAAUGCAUAUAAGCCUUCCUACUUUGCUACAAGUCCUAACAUGAUGGUGACGAUGAUGGCAAAUGCUAAAUGUGACUUCACCUGCUUCGAGUAUGUAGGAUUGGGCGGCAGCGCUGUAACACAAGAUGUUAUUGAUGAAGUAAAGAAAAAAGCUCAAACAGACGAAGUAUACAUCCUAUAUGGAAUGAGUGAAGCAAGUGGGGUCACAGUGCAGCAUGACAUGUAUUCUGUGCCCGGAUCUUACGGGAGGCCAAUUUAUGGGAUACAGGCGAAACUAGUGGAUCCAAAUACCAAUAAAGUCAUCACAGAGCCAAAUGUUCCUGGAGAAGUAUGGUUUAAAGGUCCCAGUGUUUUUAAAGGAUACUACAACAACCCUGAAGUCACGAAGGAGGCUAUCACAGAAGACGGCUGGCUCAAAUCUGGUGACAUUUUCUACAGAGACCAGCACUGGAACCUAUUCUUCGUAGAACGAUACAAGUUGCUUUUGAAAUAUAGAAAUCAUCAGGUGUCCCCUGUGGAAAUUGAAACGGUGAUCAUGAAGCACUCUGGAGUAUUGCACGCGGCAGUGACAGGUAUACCGGACAGGGAGUGUGGGGACCUGGUAGUGGCGUGUGUUGUACCCAAGCCUGGCUGUAGCCCUACAGCGGAGGAGAUCAAGGACCUGGUCAAAGAAUCGCUGACUGACUCCAAGCAGCUGAGAGGAGGUGUGAUCUUCUUGAAAGAACUGCCAACGACCAGCACGUCUAAAAUCAACAGGCAGAAACUAAAGGAACUGGUACUAAGCUUGCCAAGGCAAUAA